AAAUAGAUAGUCCACUUUCGAUUGCUUUAAAAUUAAAAAUUAAAAUAUUGAAAGAAGCUUAGUAUUUUACAAAAUUUAUACUCACUUCCGCGAAAGUAUCCUCAUGUUUCUCGUAUAAUGCAGCAUUUCAUCAAACUGGUAGGACAAAGCACCGGUCACAAACGAUUAUCGAUUGAACAUGCAAUUGUCCCUCUCAGGCAAAAAAUACAUAAAUGUAAGUGUUCGUUAAACUUCACUUGAAGUUGGCGCAGGCGCCUAUUGGAACACAAUCAUUGUCCGAAGCAUUGCUCACUGCGACAGUACGUCAAGUGCAUCCGUGAAGUAAUCAUGACGAAUCCGAAAUCUGUGCCAAAAAAUGCCGAUUCUAAAAAUAAUAAUGAUUACAGUCUUCAAUUAAAUCGGUGGUUUCUCAAGCCCAUCGGUGCUUGGCCGCAAGCGGACGCAUCAGGCAUUGUCUGGAAGAUUGUUGUGUCACUACAUAUUAUUAUUUGUGUAACUAUAAUAACAUUCAUAAUGGUACCAUGUAUGUUAUACGUGUUAUUAGAAGAAAACGAUAUCAAGUUAAAAUUGAGCGCGAUGGGACCACUGAUUCACAGAAUUAUGGGCUCGGUAAAUUAUUGGACGUUGCUAACACGCAGCAAUGAUAUUCGCGAUUGCAUACAACAUAUGGAAACUGAUUGGAAGCUCAUACGAAGGAUCGAAGAUCGGGAUAUGAUGCUGCAACAUGCUAAGUUUGGUCGCUUCAUCGCAGGGAUCUGCGGCGUAAUUAUGCAAGGAGGUACAUUCUUGUUCAGCAUAGCCAAAGCGAUAAAAACUACAACUAUCACUGUUAACAACGAAACAUUCACGAUGCAUCCGAUGACGUGUCCGAUUUAUAGCAAGAUCAUCGAUACGAGAUACAGUCCAGUGAACGAAAUCGCACUGGUUGUACAGUUCCUGUCGACAUUUAUAGUAAGUUCCUCUACUGUCGGUGCUUGCAGUUUGGCUGCUGUCUUCGCGAUGCACGCUUGUGGUCAAUUGAAUGUGUUAUAUACGUGGCUACACGAACUUGUUGGGAGCCAAAAGGAAGGAAAUCAUGUAGCUGACAAUGAGCGAAAAUUAGCUACUAUAGUGAAACAUCAUUUAAGAGUGUUAAGCUUUAUAUCACGUAUGGAGAGUAUUAUGCAUAAAGUCUCUCUUGUGGAAUUGAUGGGAUGCACGAUAAAUAUGUGCUUGCUUGGAUAUUAUUGUAUUAUGGCUUGGGAAACAUUCGAUGCAGCAAAAAUAACAUCUUACGUUAUCGUAUAUUUAUCAAUGGGAUUCAAUAUUUUCAUAUUUUGUUAUAUUGGAGAAAUUAUUACAGAACAGUGCAAGCACGUCGGAGAAAUGGCAUAUACGACUAACUGGUAUAAACUACAUUACAAAACUGCACGUAAUCUCGUUUUGAUUAUUGCACGAUCGAGUAAUGUAAUCAAGAUCACGGCGGGAAAAUUAUUUCAAUUGUCUAUUGCAACUUUUGGUGAUGUAAUUAAAACUUCUGUAGUAUAUUUAAAUCUUUUACGAACAAUGACUAUGUGAUAAAUAGGAUAAACAAUAUGCAAAAUAUAUUUUGUAUAGAACAAAUA